GAGGAGGAGGCCGGGCUCGGGAGCCUAUGGGUGUGAGUCUGCACGGGGAGAGGGUGAAGAUCUGACUAAUAUUAAAGUAGAACAUACAGAGGAAGAAGAAGAGACGUAUGUGACUGAUAUGAAGGCAGAAGACACAGAGAGAGAAGAAGAGAAGUAUGUGACUGAUAUGAAGGUAGAAGAUAUAGAGGGAGAAGAAGAGAAGUAUGUGACUGAUAUGAAGGUAGAAGGUACAGAGGGAGCAGAAGAGAAGUAUGUGACUGAUAUGAAGGCAGAAGAUAAAGAGGGAGAAGAAGAGACGUAUGUGACUGAUAUGAAGGCCGAAGAUACAGAGGGAGAAGAAGAGACGUAUGUGACUGAUAUGAAGGCAGAAGAUAUAGAGGGAGCAGAAGAGAAGUAUGUGACUAAUAUGAAAGUAGAAGGCACAGAGGGAGAAGAAGAGACGUAUGUGUCUAUUAUAAAGGCAGAAGAUACAGAGGGAGAAGAGACCUAUGUGACUGAUAUGAAGGUAGAAUAUGUAGAGGGAGAAGAAGAGACGUAUGUGACUAUUAUAAAGGUAGAAGAUACAGAGGGAGAAGAACAGACGUAUGUGACUAAUCUGAAGGUAGAAGAUAUAGAGGAAGAAGGAGAAGAGACGUAUGUGACUAUUAUAAAGGUAGAAGACACAGAGGGAGAAGAAGACACGUAUGGAACUGAUAUGAAUGAAGAUGAUAUAGACAAAGGAGAAGAGAUGCAUGUGAGUGGUGAUCAGCAGUGUAACAAGGAGGAAAUACCUACAGGUAUCAGCACAGCAGAUGGAUGUAACAGAAGAAGUAUAUGGCAGGAACUUCUCCUUUCAUCUCCAGACUGUGAAAUAGAAGAUAAAAUAACAACAAAUUCUCCAGUAGAAAUCCCUAUUACUACAAUUAUGCAUCAAUUUCUUCACAGUACAGAUUUGUCAUCUGAUCUCCCUUAUAGCCAGAAAUGUUCUAAAAGAGUAGAUAUCAAAUGUUUUACACAGGACACAACCCUUAUUACCCAUCAGCCAGCUAAGACAUUAUCAUGUUCUGAGUGUGGGAAAUGUUUUACAGAGAGAUCACAUCUUGAUAUUCAUGAGAGAUCUCAUAAAGGUCAGAAGCUAUAUUCAUGUUCUGAGUGUGGGAAAUGUUUUACACAGAAAUCACUACUCGUAAAACAUGAGAGAUGUCAUACAGGUGAAAGACCAUUUCCAUGCUCUGAGUGUGGGAAAUGUUUUGUACAGAAAUCACAUCUUGUUAGACAUGAGAGAAGUCACACGGAUGAGAAGCCAUUUUCAUGUUCUGAGUGUGGGAAAUGUUUUGCACAGAAAUCAUUUCUUGUUAUACAUGAGAGACAACACACAGGUGAGAAGCCAUUUGCAUGUUCUGAGUGUGGGAAAUGUUUUACACAGAAAUCAAAUCUCGUUAGACAUGAAAGAAGUCACACAGGUGAGAAGCCAUUUCCAUGUUCUGAGUGUGGGAAAUGUUUUACACAGAAAACAGGUCUUCUUAUGCAUGAGAGAAGUCACACAGAUGAAAAGCCAUUUCCAUGUUCUGUGUGUGGGAAAUGUUUUACCCAGAAAUCAAAUCUUGUUACACAUCAGAGAAGUCACACAGGUGAGAGGCCAUUUGCAUGUUCCGUGUGUGGGAAAUGUUUUAUAGGCAAAUCAGCUCUUAUUGAACACCAGAUGAGUCACACGGGUGAGAAACCAUUUCCGUGCUCUGAGUGUGGGAAAUUUUUUAGACGGAAAUCGAAUCUUGUUGUACAUAAGAGAAGUCACACCGGGGAGAAGCCAUUUCCAUGCUCUGAUUGAGGGUAGUGAUAUAAAUCACAUCUUGUAAAACAUUAAAUUAUUCACACACUUUUAAACAGGUGAAACUCUGCAUGUUUACAAUGGAAAAUUUAUUUUAUAUAAAGAAAUGUAAUAAGCGUAGUCUUUCGCCAGACAAAAGCUCUUCAUUGACGUCUCACAUUUUUUUCAUUAUAUAGAGUACAGCUGUCAGUGGUAUCCGGACUCCAGGUCGACAGCAAAAAGGUCGACGCCAAUUGGUCGACACACCUUUGGUCGACAUGGACAAAAGGUCGUCAGGAACAAGGUCAACAUGAGUUUUUCACGAUUUUUUUUCUUUUUUGGAACCUUUUCAUACUUAAGGAUCCACGUGGACUACGAUUGGAACGGUAAUCUGUGCCGAGCGAAGCGAAGGCACCAUGCCCAAAGCAUGGAGAGCGAAGCGAGCCAUGCGAGGGGACGCGGUGCACUAAUUGGGGUUCCUGGUCAUUCUACGAAGAAAACGACACCAAAAAAACAUAAAAAAACUCAUGUCGACCUUUUUCCAUGUCGACCUUGUUCCUGUCGACCUUUUGUCCAUGUCGACCGAAGGUGUGUCGACCAAUUGGCGUCGACCUAAGGUGUGUCUUCAUUUGCAGUGUUUAGAAUAGUUGUUGGAAUUGUAUUACUAAAAUGGUAUAAGAGUGUAGAGCAGUCAUUCCCAACCACGGUGCAAAAAAGGUUAUACCCAGAGAUAUUCGGGCGCUAUGAAAUGAGGUGCCCUGCUUAGCAGCAGCCAAUAUAUAGAGGGAAGUCACUCCCAAUGUAAACACAACAAAAAGAAAAAGGGAGGCUGUGCUCCAGGAGGAAAGAACAAUUAAUUACACUAAGUGUGUCAAAUUUAAAACAAUUUAUUAAAAACAAUAUCCUGUGCAAUAAUUAUUAUACCACAUGAGUUCAUGUAAUUCUAAAAGGGAAUAACUUACUCAAUGUAUUGAAUCAGGACAAAAUAGCGUAAUGCAAUGCAAGGGAUCCACACCAAAUGGUGCCCGUAAAUGAAAUAAAAGUCCUGUAUAGGUCCGAUUUAGAGAGUCUUUUGCGAAGUUAUAGAGUCCAAUGUUUUCCGUACACCGCUAGAGGAUUAUAGAGCGUGUCCCAUAUAUAGGUGAGUACCUCAUGCAAUACGGUGAUUAGGUGGUGCCUCUCUGUGACUCCUCUGUAUGACUGGUAUAUGGUGAGGGCUGGUUCGGAUCCAAAUAGAAAUUGUCCUGUUCCGAUAGAUAACAACUGACGCGUUUCGCUGCAUAAGGCUUGCAGCUUUUUCAAAGGUAUGGUGUAUUGUCUGGGUUUGGGGUUUAUAUACCCUAGACAAAAUGGUGGCUUAAUUAGCACCUGGAUGCACAGUUCCUAUUAAUCAAAUAUAUAGCACUUUAAAACAAUUAGAACAUAUAUAGGAGACAGACCUAUCCCCACAAAGGGACCAUAAGUAACAACAAACUUUUAUUUCAAGGCACACCAACAGUCCUGGUUUUAGUGAUAUCCAGGCUUCAGCACAGGUGACAUAAUUAGUAGCUCAGUUAUUUUGAUUUAACCAUCUGGGCUGCAGCCUGGAUAUUAGUAAAACCUGCACUGUUGGUGUGCCUUGAGGACCGUGGUUGGGAAUGCCUGGUGUAGAGUAUAUGAGCAGUGACCAAGGGGCACUGAUGAAGCCUAAACUCCCCUCCUGACAGACUUGUUCCUCCUGAUGUCCUCACCACCAGCAAUAUCCUGCGAUAUACAAAAAGGAUAUAAGGUGCUAGAAUAACGUGAGGUCAUAAUUGAUCCAUGUGAUGUCAUGGGUUUGUUUUCUAAAAAUUUAAAAUCUAACAAACACAAAUUGUUCUUCGGUCAAUGGCGCCACCAUCAGGGCACCACAAGUGUGAGAAAUAUACAGUCCCUGUGUGUGUAUAUUUGUGUGUCUAUACUCUUAUGAUCAAAAUGGAUGACGCUGUUUAGAUUUAUCAUUUUAAAUCUUUGUGCUUGAUAUGUACUGAUAUUGUCAUAAAUGCUACAUUGUGAUA